AUGAGUUGUAUCUUGUCAAUGACGACAUCAAUAAAUUUCAAGAAGAAUAGAAUCUCCGGUUCAGACUUUCUUGAGUUGAAUCAAAAUGAUCUUGAAAAAUCAUCAGAAGACAUUACUGUUCAAAUAAUAAAACAAUUAAUUAAAAGUCUUGAUCAAUUUCCUCAUAAAGCUCACUUGGCAAAUUUCCUUAAUGAAAAUCCUCCAGUAAAAACACUGCUUGCUCCUAAUUAUUUUUCCAAUUUAGUACUGACGGAUAAUUUAUCCUCUCCCCCUCAUAUAGAUUCAUAUCAUGAGUUAUGGGAUAGUAUUAUUAAGAGUACUAUGGAGACAUUUGGAAUGCAUAGCACUAGUUUAUCAACAUUAGAAUUUGAUUGCUGCAAUUGCCCAGACAUGGUUGUAUUAGUGAAAAACAUUUGUCCCUUUCGAGGUGAAGAAAAGUCCCAGGAAGAAGAAGGGGAUCCUUCAAAUGAAUUACCUGAAAAUAAGAAGAGAAAACUGGAGAUUUGUUCUGAACAGAUUGCAGAGUUUGAUUUAGGGCGUUGUUGUAUAUUACCUUUUAUAGUGAAUUUAUGCCCUGCAAGGGAUUCACCAGAAUUUCAAACAAUUAUUCGACCAAAUGGAACCAUUAUUGAACUCAGCAUUGAUAUAUGGGGUGUUGGUGAUUUGGUUAGUUCAUGUAAUGUCGUAGGCAUUCCUCAAGAACUUUUAAGUUUCAAUUUAGAUUUAUGUAAAAGUGAUCCAGAUAGUUGA